GUAAACAACAAGCAACAAAAUUUACACUCCAAUAAGCCUUAUCGACCAUUAUAUACAUCAGCGGCACCAGCCACCGAAUCACUGUCGACUAUUAUGUCACCAAUUGCAAUUAAUCAAUAUCCCAUGAUCACGCCCUCAUCGUCAGCAAUCGAUCCCCAGACUCAGGCACAAGCUGCCAACCAUGCAGACAACAGAGACGAGGGUGGAGGAGCAGGAACCGACCUCAUCAUUAUCAAGAAUGAAGUUGUCAACAUCCUCACCACAGUGAUUCAAACAACAAAGUGUGCUGAUGCCGCUGAUGUAUUGGCGUCCCUCGCCAUCCAAUCUCCUGACCAUACCGACGAGGAGUCAUUUGAUGGCCUCUCAUCCUCAUCCGAGGAGUCCGAUGCCAAUGUAUCAAGUGAUGAUGACAACACCGUUCCAUCAUCAUCCAGGAAGACCGAUUAUGUCCCACUGCGUGUAUCCAACAUUGUCAAGACUCUUGACCUCUCCACCGGAAUUGGUCUAUCAAGCUUCAAGAUCACUCACCUCGUUGGAAGAGGUGGCUUUGGAAAGGUGCACCAGGUCAUCAAGAACGAUGAUAACAUGGUCUAUGCACUCAAGACCAUCAGAAAGGAUCAUAUCAUCAGGACCAACAGUGUAAUGAACACUCUAUCCGAGAAGGAUAUACUCAAGAGAGUCAAGCAUCCAUUCAUUGUCAAGCUUCACUAUGCCUUUCAAGAUGAGAAGAGACUCUAUCUUGUAAUGGACUUUGUUAAUGGUGGACAACUAUUCUAUCACCUACUUCGAGAGUCAAUGUUCUCAGAGGACCAAAUGAAGUUCUAUGCUGCAGAGUUGAUCCUCGCCAUUGAGCAUCUCCAUGGAUUGAACAUUAUCCAUCGCGAUUUGAAGCCAGAGAACAUACUAUUGGACUCUGAGGGACAUAUCGUCCUAACUGACUUUGGCUUGGCAAAGGAGGAGGUUAGAGAUGAGUUCUCGGCAGGAUCAUUCUGCGGCACACUUGACUAUAUGGCCCCAGAGAUGCUCCAGCGCAAGGCAUAUGGCAAGGCUGUAGAUUGGUGGGCACUGGGCGUGCUCCUCUACGACAUGAUCGUUGGCAAGCUGCCAUUCUGCUCGCAGCCCAACCACCCGCUCCAGGACCGCAUCAUCAACGAGAAGGUCAAGUUUCCCAAGUUCGUCUCGCCCCAUGCUCGAUCCUUCCUCACGGCCUUGUUGACCAAGGAUCCAAAGAAGCGACUGGGCACCGUGGGUGGCGCUCAGAAGAUCAAGCAGCAUGCCUUCUUCAAGAACAUCCAAUGGAGGAAGCUGGAGGCACGCCAGUGUGCCGUGCCAUUGGUGCCAAAGACCACUGGCAUCUCUGACAUCAGCAACUUUGAUGUUGAGCAUCUCGCCAAGUACGCCCAGGACGAUGCCAAACUGAGCACAUCCGCGCAGCUCAGCACCUCCCAGCAGGCAUUCUUCCAGGGCUUUAGCUAUUUCGGUGGAGGUGCUGGCUCGUCAUCUUCAUCACCGAUC